AUAAUACAAUGGCAUUACAUGAGCAGAUAUGCAGUAAAGAGAAGCUUUACAAAUGUGUCACAUGUGACAAGAGUUUUGCAAGUAAAAAGACUUUAACAGUACAUAUGAUAAUUCAUACUGGUCAGAAGCCCUACAGAUGUACCAUGUGUGAGAAGAGUUUUACACAGAAGAGUAAUUUGAUAUCUCAUCAAAGGAUCCACAGUGGACAGAAGCCCUACAAAUGCAGUCUGUGUGACAAGAGGUUUACACAGAAGAGUCAUAUGAUAUCUCAUCAAAGUACCCACAGUGGACAUAAGCCCUACAAAUGUGCCAUGUGUGAUAAGAGUUUUGCACAGAAGAAUCAGAUGGUAAGUCAUCAGAGUACCCACACUGGACAGAAAAACUACAAAUGUGCCACAUGUGGUAAGAGUUUUAGAAGUAGAAGGACUAUAACAGUACAUAUGAUAAUUCAUAGUGGUCAGAAGCCCUACAAAUGUACCAUGUGUGACAAGAGUUUUGCACAGAGGAGUAUUAUGAUAUCUCAUCAAAGGUGCCACAAUAGACAGAAGCCCUACAAAUGUACUGUAUGUGACAAGAGGUUUACACAUAGGAGUAAUACACUAUCUCAUCAAAGUACCCACAGUGGACAGAAGCCCUACCAAUGCAGUGUGUGUGACAGGAGGUUUACAAGGAAAAGGACUAUGGUACUUCAUCAGCAUAUCCACACAGGACACAAACCCUAUAAAUGCACCAUGUGUGACAAGAGCUUUGCACAGCAGAGUCAGAUGGUAAGUCAUCAGAGUACCCACACUGGGCAGAAAAACUACAAAUGUGCCACAUGUGAUAAGAGUUUUAGAAACAGGAAUAGUAUGUAUAGGCAUCAGAAUACACACAAGGGGCAGAAACCCUAUAAGUGCACUAUGUGUGACAAGACUUUUACACGGAAGGCUAGCAUGGUUAAACACCAACUUAUACACACUAGAGAGAAGACCUACAAAUGCACCAUGUGUGACAAGAGUUUUGCACAGAAGAGUCAGAUGAUAAGUCAUCAGAGUACUCACAUGGGACAGAAAAACUACAAAUGUGCCACAUGUGGCAAGAGUUUUAAGAACAAGAGUAAUAUGUAUAGGCAUCAGAAUACACACACGGGGCAGAAACCGUACAAAUGUGCCACAUGUGGCAAGGGUUUUGCACAGAGGAGUAAUAUGACAGCUCAUCAAAGAACCCACAGUGGACAGAAAUGGGGUCCUGAUGGAGAGAUGAAAAGUCAGCAAGCAAAGGAGAGUAGUAGGGUACAACAUCCCAGUGGACCACCUUUGGUCAUUUAUUUUCAAAGAUAA